UGGAAGUCGGAGGAACUCAGAUGUUACACCGAAAACGGACGGGGUAAACAGGGAAAGACGGUUGUGAAAUAAAGAGUUUUUUUUUUUUGGACUAAAUUUAUUUUUUGAAACUUCUGAUAAAUAUUUAUUUUUGCAAAAUGAUAAAAACGGGCGUUGUGAAAAAAGAAGCACGCGUUGUUUUUAUAUUUACUGUCAAAGUUUUCAGUAUUUAAUUGUUCUGCUCGCAAACAACUGCACUGAUCCAGCUGUGAUGGCGGAGCGAGGUGCACACUUGACAACUGCAGCAGCAGCUGAAGAAGACAGACCGUCAAUAUUUGAAGUUUUAGCUCAGGACUCUUUGAUGAGUUCUGUCAAACCUGCCUUACAGCAUGCUGUGAAGAUCCUCGCAACGUCUAACCCUGCUCGUUACGGAGUUCUUUGGAGGAGGUUUGAUGAGAUUUAUGCCAUCCUGGAUUUGCUGUUGCAGCAUAAUUUCCUCUCCCGCACUAGCGCGUCAUUUUCAGAGAACUUCUAUGGUCUGAAGCGGGUAGGAACAGACAGCACACGUCCUGCCCACUUGGGACUCCGCCGCAGACAGCACUGGCGCUCCCUGCUCCUCUUGGCUCUCCUACCUUACCUGCACACCAAACUGGAAAAAAUCCUGGCUCGACAGAGAGAUGAAGAUGACUUCUCUAUCCGCUUACCACAGUCCUUCACACAGAAGUUGUACAGGGCUUUUUUGGCUGCAUACCCAUUUGUGUGCAUGGCCUGGGAUGGCUGGGUAUUUUGCCAACAGCUUUUGUAUGUCUUUGGCAAAACAAGGACACAUUCACCCCUUCUGUGGCUGGCAGGGGUUAAAUUGUCAUACCUCACAGCUCAUGACAUCCGCAGCCUUGAUCUGAAGCCAUCAGGCCUGGCACUGAGCCCUAGUCAAAGCAUUAGAGAGAAACUUCAGCACCUGAUCUCUACAGCUGUUGGUGGUGUUGCUGUAUCUCUUUCCACCAGCCUAUCAAUCGGAGUGUUUUUUCUGCAGUUUCUGGAGUGGUGGUAUUCAUCAGAGAACCACAGCACUGUUAAGUCCUUGACCUCCCUUCCAACCCCUCCACCACCUCUCCACCUUCAUAGCCAGGACACUUCACCCACACACAUCAAAGUCUGCCCGCUCUGCAGGAAAAUGCGCACCAAUGAAACAGCGCUUGCCACUUCAGGCUAUGUGUUUUGUUACAGGUGUAUAUAUGUGUAUGUCAAAGCCAACCACAGAUGUCCCCUUACUGGCUACCCAUCUGGACUGCAGCACCUCAUUAAAAUAUACACACUUGAUGGGUAGACUUGCCAUAGUGUCUAAGGCAAAUACUGUUAAUUUUAUUCCAGGUGUCUUUUUCAUUCACUAAUACAAAUUCUCGGAUUUUAAAUGAUUAUUUCCCAUUGUUCCAUUCCAGUUUUUAUCCUACAGAAAGCUAAAAUGUUUGUGGUAUUAGUUCACUGUAAAGUGGUUAUCGUCCAUCAAUUUGUUAAAUAUGUAAAUAUUUAAUUUGGCUGUGUACAUACUGUAUGUAAUCCUCUGUUAAUCAUCAUUGCUUGUACUCAUCUUUUACAAAUAUAGCUCUGUCCCAAAACAGUUUUGGAACAUUUUGCUCUUUAUCUAAUGCAACAUUACCUCUGAAUUAAAACGCUUUAUUAGUGAAUUAUAAUACUAAAACUGUGUUGAAUGAAACCUGAAUUUGGAGAUACUGUAGCGCACGCACACUGUAAAAAAUCCAACUUCAAUUUUGUCAGAUAGACUCAGUUUUAAAAUUUUACUGAACAAUCAAAUGUAGAAAAAGUUGAGAUUGCUUAAAACAAUCAAUAUAGUCAACUUGUGUGUAAGUCAGAGCAACUAAAAAUUUUAAACAGUGAGCACAUACAAUGUAAAGUUUUAUGGUGAUGGUAGAAUUUACAGGCUUUUGAGCAUGCUCAAGUCUCAGUCCUAAGGAGGCCAUUUGUGGCAGGAUAAUCAAAAUUAAAAUCUGUGGGAAGCUUGUAAGGCUAAGCACUAUGAACUUCAUGUUGUUGCAUCUGCUACUGAGCAUGCCAACUGGAGAAGCAUUGUGGCUGAAGGCAAUACCCACAAUCCUUUUCGCUUGAUUUUAUUAUAUGUGUUUGGUCAAAAUGUGCCAAUUUAUGAGGACAUGUAAAUAAUUUGUAAAUAAUCAGUUUUGAAUUAAUAGAUGUUUCAGCUCUGUGUGUUUUAAAUGAUGUUUUGCUGUAAAAAGAUUUUUUUGUUUAAAGUCAAAAUCAAGGUGAUUAGUGUUCACGUUGGUGAAGUUUCUUCAGUUAUUGUGUUGACUUCUAAAAGUUUGAAGUACUUGUUACCUACACCAACCUUUUAAAUUGGACCAACUAUUUGGUGUCUUGGUGGGGUUGACACAUGUUCUUAUGUAGAAAUGAAGGUCUGCUUAAUUAAGAAUCUUUUUACAGUGCAUCCGGAAAGUAUUCACAGCGCUUCACUUUUUCCACAUUUUGUUAUGUUACAGCCUUAUUCCAAAAUGGAUUAAAUUCAUUAUUUUCCUCAAAAUUCUACAAACAAUACCCCAUAAUGACAACGUGAAAGAAGUUUGUUUGAAAUCUUUGCAAAUUUAUUAAAAAUAAAAAACAAAACAAAAAUCACAUGUACAUAAGUAUUCACAGCCUUUGCCAUGACACUCAAAAUUGAGCUCAGGUGCAUCCUGUUUCCACUGAUCAUCCUUGAGAUGUUUCUACAACUUGAUUGGAGUCCACCUGUGGUAAAUUCAGUUGAUUGGACAUGAUUUGGAAUGGCACACACCUGUCUAUAUAAGGUCCCACAGUUAACAGUGCAUGUCAAAGCACAAAUCAAGCCAUGAAGUCCAAGGAAUUGUCUGUAGACCUCCGAGACAGGAUUGUAUCGAGGCACAGAUCUGGGGAAGGGUACAGAAAAAUUUCUGCAGCAUUGAAGGUCCCAAUGAGCACAGUGGCCUCCAUCAUCUGUAAAUGGAAGAAGUUUGGAACCACCAGGACUCUUCCUAGAGCUGGCCGCCUGGCCAAACUGAGCGAUCGGGGGAGAAGGGCCUUAGUCAGGGAGGUGACCAAGAACCCGAUGGUCACUCUGACAGAGCUCCAGCAUUUCUCUGUGGAGAGAGGAGAACCUUCCAGAAGAACAACCAUCUCUGCAGCACUCCACCAAUCAGGCCUGUAUGGUAGAGUGGCCAGACGGAAGCCACUCCUCAGUAAAAGGCACAUGACAGCCCGCCUGGAGUUUGCCAAAAGGCACCUGAAGGACUCCCAGACCAUGAGAAACAAAAUUCUCUGGUCUGAUGAAACAAAGAUUGAACUUUCAUGUCUGGAGGAAACCAGGCACCACUCAUCACCUGGCCAAUACCAUCCCUACAGUGAAGCAUGAUGGUGGCAGCAUCAUGCUGUGGGGAUGUUUUUCAGCGGCAGGAACUGGGAGACUAGUCAGGAUCGAGGGAAAGAUGAAUGCAGCAAUGUACAGAGACAUCCUUGAUGAAAACCUGCUCCAGAGCGCUCUGGACCUCAGACUGGGGCAAAGGUUCAUCUUCCAACAGGACAAUGACCCUAAGCACACAGCCAAGAUAACAAAGGAGUGGCUACGGGACGUCCUUGAGUGGCCCAGCCAGAGCCCAGACUUGAACCCGAUUGAACAUCUCUGGAGAGAUCUGAAAAUGGUUGUGCACCGACACUCCCCAUCCAACCUGAUGGAUCUUGAGAGGUCCUGCAAAGAAGAAUGGGAGAAACUGCCCAAAAAUAGGUGUGCCAAACUUGUAGCAUCAUACUCAAAAAGACUUGAGGCUGUAAUUGGUGCCAAAGGUGCUUCAACAAAGUAUUGAGCAAAGGCUGUGAAUACUUGUGUACAUGUGUUUGGUUUUUUUUUUUUAAUUUUUUUUUUUU